CGCUGCGACCGCGGCUCACUCACUCCCAUCACACCCACUCCUCUUUACCGUCACAUCAGCCUUGUUUAUAUCCCCAAUCUCGCCCCGCGCCUUCACUCUCACACCAGCGGCACCCUCUCUCCUGGUCCCGGACUCCCUCCUCAUUCAAUGGGUCGCUGGGUUUUGCUCCUCUGCUCUCUGUUCGGAGCUCUUCGUGCUCAAGGAGGAGAGCAGGUCUCCAUUGAGGAGUGCUGUAAGGAUGGCCAGAAGCGAGGCACGAACAGCGAGGACUGUGCCGCCCUGCCGCUCAUCUCCGAGUCCACCACAUGCAGGAUAGUGCAGGAGCAGUGCUGUGUGACUGUGCUGGAGGACAGCAUGUGCACCAACGGCAUCAACAUGGCCAAAGACCAGGGAGCCUGCGACCCCCUGUUCGUCACCAACACCUGUGAGACCAAGACCACUAAGACCUGCUGUGACUGCUGUCUGCUGGGGAAGGCCGCCCAGGAGAAAGGUCUCCCCUGUGACCACAGCCUCUCGGUGGGGUACCAGUGCGGCCUGGUGUCCCGCGCCUGCUGCGUGGACGGAGCCCCGGACAAACAAACCUCCCCGACCGUGGCCACAGACAAGGGAAACGAAACCAACGACGGCGGAGAGGACGCCUCGCCCAACGACCAGUGCAAAGGGAACGGGAACUGCGCUCACCAGUGCGUGGGCAACGGCACCUGUGCCUGUUUCAAAGGCUACAAACUCAAACCAGAUGGGAAAAACUGUGAAGACAUUAAUGAGUGUUUGCUUGGGGCCAGUAACUGUCGGGGGGGCGAGCGUUGCAUCAACACUGAGGGCUCCUUCCGCUGCCAGAGAGAGGUCAGCUGUGGAACCGGAUAUGAGCUCACCGACAACAACAACUGCAAAGACAUUGAUGAAUGCGAGAGCGGCACCCACAACUGCGUCCCGGACUUCGAGUGUCAGAACACGCAGGGGUCGUUCCGCUGUCGUCCCAAGGUCAAGUGCGGUGCCGGCUUCAUCCAGGACGCGCUGGGCAGCUGCAUAGACAUCAACGAAUGCGUGACCCAGAUGGCGCCCUGCCACGCGGGCCACAUCUGCAUCAACACGGUCGGCUCCUUCACCUGCCAGAGAAACUCGGUCAACUGCGGGCGGGGAUACCACCUCAACGAAGACGGCACACGCUGCGUCGACAUUGAUGAGUGUCAAGGACUGGAUGGAGCCUGUGCAGGUCAUGGUUGCAUCAACCUGGUGGGCUCCUACCGCUGCGAAUGUAAAACCGGCUUCAUCUUCAACAGCAUCAAACGGGUCUGUGAGGAUAUCGAUGAAUGCAGGCACUACCCCGGCCGCCUAUGUGCCCACAAAUGUGAGAACACCCUGGGGUCCUACAAGUGUUCCUGCACCAUGGGCUUCAAGUUGGCCGUAGACGGCAGGAAUUGUGAUGAUUUGAACGAGUGUGACAGCAGCCCAUGCAGUCAGGAGUGUGCGAACGUCUAUGGCUCGUACCAGUGUUACUGCCGGCGUGGAUAUCAGCUCAGCGACAUUGAUGGCAUGACCUGUGAAGACAUCGAUGAAUGUGCCCUGCCCACUGGAGGCCAUAUUUGCUCCUAUCGCUGUCAUAACACCCCCGGCAGCUUCCACUGUACCUGCCCCAUCAUCGGUUAUACCCUUGCCCCCAACGGACGCAGCUGCCAAGAUAUUGACGAGUGUGUGACAGGAACACACACGUGCACCGAGAGUCAGAGCUGCUUCAACGUGCAGGGCGGUUUCCGGUGCCUGUCCUUUGAAUGUCCGGCCAACUACCGGCGAGUCGGAGAGACCCGAUGUGAACGCUUGCUUUGCAAUGAGUCUAGCGAGUGCCUGGCCAUGCCGCUGAGAAUAACCUACUACCACCUCACCUUCCCCGCCAACAUCCCCAUCUACACCAACGUCUUCCGCAUGGGCCCCUCCCACACCGUGCCGGGUGACGACAUCCAGAUCGCCAUCGUCUCCGGCAACGAGGGCGGCUUCUUCCGGACGGAGCGGGUGCCCACCGGCGGGGUGAUGUCGGUGGCGCGGCUCAUCGAUGGGCCGCAGGACUUUGAGCUGGCCGUGGAGCUGAGGCUCCGCCGCUAUGGCACGCUCAGCUCAUACUUGGCCAAAGUACGCGUGUUCGUCACACAAGACGAGCCCCGGGUGCCUUAUAACCCCCUUCAGCAGUAAACGCCCGGGCGGGUGGUUGAAUGGGUAUGUGUGUUUGUGGGGGGGCCAUAACCGCUCCUUUUUCUAAAAAGAAUGUGUCAUUUUCAACACAUUACACGUGACUGAUGGGGGGGGGUCAAUUUACACUUAAUGUAUGUUAGUGGCAACACAUCUGGGAUAGAUGGGUGAUGAUUAUCCAGAGGUGUGAACUCAAGUCACAUCACUGGGACUCAAGUGAGACUCACAUUACAUCACUAGGACUCACAAGUGAGACUCAAGUCACAUCACUGGGACUCAAGUAAGACUCACAUUACAUCACUGGGACUCAAGUGAGACUCAAGUCACAUCACUGGGACUCAAGUAAGACUCACAUGACAUCACUAGGACUCAAGUGAGACUUAUGUCACAAAUCUGAUGAAUUUAGACUUGACUAAAUUUUUUAAAAAAGACUUGCAACUCAAACACCAGUGACUCGUGACUUGACUUGGAAUUGAGCCUUUUGACUUGGAAGACUCGACACCUUCUCCGAGCCCAAAGAUAGAAUGCUUUUCAAAAGUGUGCAGCCAACCAGCUCUUCAGUUCCAUCACUACAGAUCCACUUUGAAUCCAUCCCUGAUGAAUACAAAUUUUAUAAAGCAUUCAUGAUUUGGUACAUUAAUUAUUACUCCGUUGUUAACGUUUUAAAAUGGCACUGAAUUUGAUAAAUCGCCCAAUGACUUGUUGAGGACUUGAAAGUCACCGUUUAGGACCUGGGACUUGUUAGUCUUGACGUGAGACUGACGUGUGACUUGGGAAGCAGUGACUUGGUCCCACCUCUGCUAUUUUCCUUAUUGCUUUGUGAGUGUGUGACAAUACGCCAUGUGUGUUAAGCUAACAUCUGGCGUGCCAGUUACAUGUCAGCAAACAAUGUGGUGUAAUGGACCAACACAAAACAUCCAUUUGUGCCCAAAUUUCACUUCAGUCUAUCUUAAUUGUGACACAAAGUAAUGUGCAUUGUAACAUACUGUUGCACACAUUGUCACACACACACACACUGUUACACACAUUGUUACACACUGAAUGCAACACAUGUAAACAAACACGUGUCUGCGCACAUCAUCUGAGUUACACUUCACCUCAUCAUGUUGUGUUGUAAACCAGCACAAACAUGACGCCGGGCCAAACUGGACACCUGAAUGUGUUGAAAAUAUCACAUCCUUUUUUUAAAGAGUGGAUCAAAAGGCCAGCGACGCCGUUAACACACCGGAAUCAGAGGAAACCAGCUCAUAUUUUUGGCAACUGUAGCACGGUGCAUAUAACCUACUUUAGAGCUUUGAAAAUGUCUCUUAACUGUAGGUGUAUUGAUUAUUAUACAGCAGAUUUCACAGUAGGUCCAACUGAAUGUAUAUCUUCCUGGAUGUAGGGUGUUUCGAUAGCCGCUAGGUGGCGCUCUAGGUCAGGGUAAAUCAUGAAAUGGUAGCGACCCCGGUCUGCCUAUAAUUGACUGUAAUUCGAUGAUGAUUGCAUGAUAGAGGCUGUCGUUUUACAGUAUUUUAUGGUUUAUAUGUUGGAUGAACAGUUUUCUAUUAAAACUGAAAUCGAAAGAA